AUGAACCAUAAAAAAAUGGGAAAGACAGGUCACCAAUACCUUUGUGCUAAGAAAAUGGUGCUGAAAAAAUACAGAAAACAGAGGUUUGGUGUAAGGAAGAAAUGUCUACCUUCAAUACCACAUAUUCUUGACCCUGAUACUGUUAACACAAAAUUCAAACUUCAAAGGCAGCACAUUGGCAGGUUACAAUCACACAGAACUUUCAGCAGCUCUACCCGAAUGGAAGAUGAAACAUUCACUUUAUCUCAGUUGGUAACUUCUAGUCUCUCACAUACCAAUGUUUGUUCAGAAUUUCCCAUUUCCGAGAUAGGGAGUGAGUUAUCUGGAAAUAGAGGCAAUGGAAAUUCCCCGUUCAAUAGCAGUAAUAGUUGUGGUUCACCAGAAAGUGCUGUGUUACAGACAAGUUAUGUUCCAAGAUGUUCUAAGCAAGGUCAAGUGUCAGUUACUGAAGGUACUGUAUGUAACAAACUAAAUGACUGCGACAAAUGUAGCUUAACUCCUGAACAAAAUAAUAACCUCGGAACAGAAGGUGGAUGUGGAUGUCCUUCCAGGAAUGAAAACACACCAAUCAGGGAUACAGAGGAAAGCAUCAUUGAUGUGGUGUCACUGGACGAAGAGGAGAGUGUUGUAGAUGAAAAAGACUCUGUAAGUCAAGAAAAAAUAAAUAAUGCCUCCAAUGCCUUUGAUCUGGAAGAGUGCCUAGACAAAAGAAAGCCACUUUCUGUGGAUGUUUCAGUGGCUGAGCAGCUCUCUUCCAGUGUGCCAUUACCAUGUAAAGUUAAUCACCAAAAAACGUCCAGGUCAUCCGUCUCCCCUGUCAAUUGGCAGCAGCAAUUCAUGUCCUUCCUCUCCACCACACCAGAACCCAGCUUUACUGAUGAUGCACCAUUGCAUCUGUCAACAAACAAGAGCCAGUCACAUUCCUCACGUAAGAAAAGAUCUCGAAAAGUUCGAAGUAGCAUGUGUCCAUGUUGUGUAGGGACUUCAUCUCACUCUAUUCAUGGAAAGAGGACAAAACAUCACAGUGGGCAUUCUCGCAAACACAGUCUGUCCAGAGAACACAAACAUUUCAUUCGUGAUAUGGUUCAGCUUGUGUCUUUGAGAAACAAAAUUGUGACACUCUUCUGCAGCAUAUUUCCUCAAUGCCAGGAAUUCAUUCGUUCUAUGAAUCCUGACAGUGAAAAAGUGGAUUUACUCAUAGAUCAAGUGGUUGACAUCCUACAGACUCCAGAACCAUUUGACAUUGAUCAUCUGGAAAGUGAGAAAGAUGAUGUCAAGUCACUAGCAACAUAUUCUGAUAGUGGUACAGACCCUGUAGACCUGUCAGAAUAUCCUAGUUUGGAAAAGCCUGAUGACAUAUUCUUUGCAGACAAAGAUUCCGAUGACAUGCCUGUUCUUGAUGAUUACAGUGCAGAUGACAAGACACAAGAUGAAGAAGUAUCUGUCUCAAAGGGUCAUAGUUAUUCUGAAGACUUUUUAGUAUUUUUGGAAAAGACCAGAGCAAAUCAUGAACACCAAACAUUAGAUCAGGAUACAAAUAUGUUAGAUCCAGGAGGCAAUUCGUUACUAUUGCAGUCAGGUCCGUCAGAGGUAUUUGGUAAAUCAGACAACAAACUUUUUGAUUUGAAAAACUUCAAUAGUGCGUAUUCUGAAGGUGAUUCAGAAACUCAGAAUGAUAAUAGUGCACAGGUCAGGGAUUGCAGAGACUGUUGUCCCAAAUACUUCACUGAAGAGGGGCCAAAUACUGAUCUUGGGACCAGUUGUUAUUCAAAGUGCAAUACUAAUCAUAAAGUUGGGUCAUGUGUGAUUUCAAUUUCAGGGCAAGCUGAUAAGAGCAAGACCUCAGAACUGCCAGGAGAGAAAUUUCAGGGAUCUUUUCAAGAAUUUCUGAAUUCUAGCAGGAAACGAGAUUCAAAUCAAGAAAUGCAUGAUUCAAGUUGUGACGAGGAGGAAGUAGAAAACCAAGCAACUUCAUUUACCAGCAUCAGUUCUCAUCAGGCCAUACAUCUACCUGCCUAUUCAGACAUCUCCGAAGCAAGCAGAAUGUCAAGUGUCUCGCCCUUUGAUUGGACAGGGGGUGUAGAUACACCUCUGUUUGGUAAACAGGAGUCUAAGUCUAGUUUCUCUCACAGAACGGAAUCUCGAACAACAAAGCCAGACAGUAAAUUCUGUAUUAGUGAUUUACAUUUAGGUGAUGCUGAUAAUGCUCCUGAUGGAGACACAGCUUCAUCAGCGGCAGUCAUUGACAAAGAUUUGUCAUGUGAUCAAUCGCAAUCCGGUGUUAAACAGACAAAAACUAUAAAAAUAUAUGAAUCGUAUGUAGAAUUGUGUAGAAAACCCAAAAUAUGUUUAAAAGCCCUCAAACACAGACUCAAUGCAUUGCUAACAUGGUUGUUACCAAGUGCAAAUAUAGGCAGUGCAUAUUUCAAGAGUUUUGACAAUCUUGAAUAUUUGCUAGAUGUUCUAAUCUACUGCAACACAGUGAAUGAUGACACAAAUUCUCUAGGUAAAGAUAGAAAUUAA